AUGCAGCCUCCGCCUCUCAGAGCAAGCAGCGGAAGCACGGACGAACAACAGAGUAACAAGCAACACGAGGGAGAAAGAAGGUCAGAGGUUAAGGCCGAGAUGAAACCUUAUCUUCUCUCGACGGUGCGUAAAGUCAAGUGGAUCCCGCGUUUUAGUGAGGCUCGCUUGAUGAAGACAGUGCUCCUCCGACCUCCCCGACUGGCCGUAAACCUGAAGUAUGGCAGAGCAGGUACGCCAGGACUGCUGCAAGUGCAAGGGCUGCCUGGGCUUUUCACCGCCCUCGAGCAUACGCUGCUGCCUAACACAAAAUAUUUUGUUACUGAUAUAACUAUUCUGAAAAUCAAUGAGCCUGUUGUUAUGGCCAGUGUACGUAUACAAUCACUUUUCACAAAUGUCCCACUAGAAGAGACCACUAACCUUAUUGUACGUGAACUCUUAAGUUUAAGUGAAUAUCCAAAUGAUCUAAACGAAAAACAAAUGCCAAAAGCACUCCAAUUGGCAACUGUUGACAAACUGUACACACAAACAGAUGGCGUAGCUAUGGGGUCUCCCUUCGGUCCAACCUAUGCUAGUACCUUUUUAUGCUCUCAGGAGAAAGAAUGGUUAAAACCAAUGCCCUGA